AUGUCUUCCUCUGACUCUGACUCUGGUACCGCCCGCACUGGCACCGUCCUCACUGGCGUCUUCACCCGCGCCGGCGUCAUCACCACCAACAACGAAGCCACUGCCUCCACUGGCCCCACCGUCAACAGCAACGAAUCCAUUGUCGAAGCCAUCCGUGAAGCCGUCAACGACUACUCCCUGCGCAAGAAAGCCGCCUGCGCCGAUGGCGAGGACUGGAAGAAUGUCGCUGGGGCCCGCACCAGGGAGCUCACCGAAGAAGAAUCCGCAAGGUUCACCAAGGCAUUCGACGAAAACAUGGAAGCCAGUGAAGACCUUGCAGCAGACUCCGACACCGAAUCCGGCGACGCCCUCUGUGCCAUGGCUGCAGAGCUUUGCAGCAAGGAGCCUGAGGCCUGCUGCAAGAAGACCGUCGAUGAAGAAGCUAAAGACGCCAGUGUCAACACCAAGGCCACCGACGAGGCUGUCACUACUGCUGUUGACGGAGCUGCGGAGGUCGAAAUUCAAGGUACACUAUCCACCAGCCAAACCCUCCUCCCUGCCAGCGUGGCAUGGUGGAAAAAAAGAGAAUCGAUUGUAGACUUCGCUGCUAACUACGGGAACAACCAAGCCGGCAACGAAGCCACCACCUCCCCUGCUGUUGAGGAGGAGGAGAAGGAGGCCAAGGACCUUCCCCCGGCGUAUGUUGAGGAGAAGGCUGUUGAGGCUGUCAGCAGUGAAGUUGUUGCUGCCAUCCAGAAGAUUGAGGAUUUGGCCAUCAGCGAGGAGGAAGACAUGUCUGUCAAGGAAGUCACCACCUCCGAUGGUAAGCAUGUUAUUAUUUCUCCUUUCGGCGACGUCGUCCCAUGGGAUGAUUUCAUCGAAUUCAUAAAUAGGUCAAGCAGGUCACUGAAACCACUGGUGGUACUCUGGUUGAGGUUGAGAAAACUGAAAAGGUUGCUGGGAACGGAGGAUGCUGCUCUUCUUGCCACUAAUUGGCUCUGCCAAUCACCUUUUCCUUUUUCCCCCUCAAAGGAUAGAUUCACGAUUUAA